UGCGUAGAUGCCUAUGGGAUAACGAACGUUUGUUAUGGUUUUUUGUAAACUAUUCUAUGGUGGACAGAAAUACAACAAGAUAAUAAGAGUUGAAGAGUUUUAUUUCAAGUCAGAAGUGUGCGUGAGCUUGCGCAGCGCUGCUCGCCAUGUCGGAUAAAGAAAAUGAUGAAAGAGGAGACACGCCGAAGCGUCCGAAGCGUAGGCACAGGAGAAGAAGGUCCAUGACGCCAGAAGACGCUAGUGAAACUUCUGGUAAGAGGAGCCGAACAGGAUUAACUGCAGACGAACUAUUAAAGAUAGUAACCGCGCUUCAAGGCAUACCAAGUAAGAACCAUUCCAAUAAUAAUGUUGUCCCGGAAUUCGACCCUAACAACAGAGCUCAAGACGUCGAACGAUGGAUAAGGAAGGUGAACGAGUGUGCUGAGAUUUACUCUUGGGAUGAAAAACAAAUAAUACACUAUGCGCUUCAGAAGUUACGUGGUUUAGCCAAAAGUUGGUACGAGUCCCUGCCAUCCCUCAGCUACUCGUGGGAGGUCUGGCAGAGUAAAUUGAAGAAAGCUUUCCCGAAUGACGUGAAUUAUGGUAAACUGUUGGAUGAGAUGUUAAACCGAAGAUCUCGCACAGACGAAACUCUCAGAGAUUAUUUUUAUGAGAAACUAUCGUUAUUGAGUCGGUGCGAGAUUGUCGGUCGGAAGGCAGUUGAUUGUAUUAUAUACGGAAUCAAUGAUAGCUCAGUUAGGAACGGGGCCCAAGCCCUCAAAUGCGAGGAACCAGAGGACCUGUUAAACUAUCUAGCAUCUCAGCAGCCCACGCAAUCUAAAGACGCAUCACGAGGCCCGGUAGCUUCAAACUCAUUAAAGAGACGUGACUUUCGCAAUAACCCUGCUGAUAAAAGUACUGUUGGCAACAAGGGAGUAGACUCUACCUGUUUUAAUUGUCAUGAUCGGGGCCAUAUUUAUAUUAAUUGUCCCAAACCAAUCGUUAAGUGUGGCAAAUGCCAUAGAGUAGGGCAUAAUGAUGAGAAAUGUACUAAGAGACCGUUACAAACUCAAACGCGUGAUAUCAGUAGCUCAAGCGGUCAGCAUACUGACAAAAAGGUGUUAAAAAUAGCAGUAGAUGUUGAUAGCUUAAUGUUGGAUCGAGUUGAAACAAGGGCAACCCUUGACAUAAAAACACCUGAAGAUUGUUCUAUCAUUCCUAACUAUGCUAACCCUCUUAGUGAUAGCGUAGAUGAUUCCGCAAACGAGAAGUUUUAUAAGACUAUUUGCGUUAAUGGAAAAAUGUUAGGUGCUUACAUCGACUUUGGAUGUGCGCGUAGUCUAAUUCGGUAUACAGAUGCAGUCGCGUUAGGAUUAAUUAAAAGUGAAAGCACAUUGUUGCCCACCUUAAGAGGUUUUGGUCAUUCGGCGGUGGUACCUAAAGCCAAUGCUACUGUUCAUGUUAGGAUUGACGAAGUUGAGAUGGAGCUGGAUAUUUUGGUUGUGGAUGACACGUAUUUGGAAAGCUCACUGAUGAUAGGACGUGAUUUUACGGAAAAACCAUGUGUAACAGCAUUGAAAAACAAUAAACAAUUGUUCCUAUAUCAUACUCCUUCUGAACUUUCCGAAAAUCAAAAUCGGGCUUUCGGUCUUUAUGUCGUUAAAGAUACUACAGUAGUAAAGGGUGGGUUAUUGGAGGUAUAUACAAAAGAGUCUUACACUGGCAAUGUUUACUCGGACGGUGGAACCAGGAUGAGCCCCAAUCAAGAAUAUCACCUACACCAGGGUUAUUAUGAGGUGAAGGAGAGUAAGGCGGUAGUAUUUGUAACUUCGUUAACUAAAGCGCCACUUAACUUUAGGGCAGGGACAUUAAUAGCGAGAGUCAAUCCAAUCACAGAAGUUAAGACUUUGGUCGUUCAGGCUGAACACAAUGAAAGGGAAAUGAAGCCAAUCGACCAAUCUGAAAUUAGAGUAGGAAAAGGGGUCGAUAAGAAAACCCGCGAAAGACUUCAUCAGCUCCUUCAAAAAUAUAGAUCUUGUUUUGCCCAUAACCUUAACGAGCUAGGAUGUGCUAAAGAUGCUAUUAUGAAUAUAGACUUACAUGAUAAGACACCGGUAGUGUAUAGGCCGUAUCGAUUGUCGCAUCCCGAGCGUCAAAAGGUGAGGGAUAUUGUCGAUGAAUUGGUUAAAAAUGAUAUUGCACAGGAGUCGAAUUCAAAUUACGCUAGUCCAAUAUUAUUGGUUCAAAAAAAGAAUGGAGAGUCUCGACUCUGUGUCGACUACAGAGCACUAAAUAAUAAAACUGUCAAAGAUAAAUAUCCCCUACCUUUAAUUGACGAUCAGUUGUCGAAUUUGAGUGGAAACAAAUAUUUCACUACGCUGGAUCUAGCUUCCGGCUAUUAUCAAAUCCCGGUAGGAGAAGAUAGUCGAUAUUUGACGGCGUUUGUCACCCCGGACGGGCAUUAUGAAUUUAAACGAAUGCCCUUCGGGUUGGCAAACGCGCCAGCCGUUUUUCAAAAAAUGAUGAAUGGGUUGUUGGGUGCGCGGAGGUUUAAGAGCGCCCUAGCAUAUAUGGAUGACCUUCUCAUUCCGUCUGAGUCGAUUGAUGAAGGAUUUGAAAGAUUGGAAGACGUACUGAAGCUCAUUCAGGAUGCUGGGUUAACACUUAAACUAUCAAAAUGCAGUUUCUUUGAUACAAGCAUCGAAUAUUUAGGUUACGAGAUCUCUGCUGAGGGUAUAAGACCGAGCGAGAAGAAAAUAUUGGCCGUGCGGGAUUUUCCUGCGCCACGUAAUAUCCAUGAGAUUCGGCAAUUCCUGGGUUUAGCGAGCUAUUUCCGUCGCUUUGUAAAGGGUUUUGGUGAACCUUUGACUAUUUUGCUAAAGAAGGAUGUACAUUGGCAGUGGGGCGACUCUGAAGUCAAAGCUUUCGAGACCUUAAAGGAAUGUUUAAUUAGACGCCCUCUACUGGCACUGUAUAAUCCGGAACUAGACACUGAGGUGCACAGUGAUGCUAGUUCGCUAGGAUUGGGUGGCAUACUGAUGCAGUGGCAGUUGAGUCCCAGAGUAUUAAAGCCCGUGGCAUACUUUAGUCGGCAGACCACGCCUGAAGAACGUCAUUUCCACUCCUAUGAGUUGGAGACUUUGGCGGUGGUCUGUUCCCUGAAAAAGUUCCGAUCGUAUCUUCUGGGACUCAACUUCACAGUGUACACUGACUGUAAUGCGCUUCGUACGACCCUUACGAAGCGUGAUUUAAUUCCGAGGAUUGCGCGCUGGUGGCUGACCAUAAGUGAAUAUAACUUUAAUAUUGAAUACCGACCUGGAUGUCGGAUGAGUCAUGUGGACGCUUUGAGCCGCAAUCCUCCACAGGACAAAGGUACGACGCCAUCGGCCAAUGUUUUACACAUAAAUACUGAUAAUUGGAUCUUGACAUUACAAAUGGCCGAUUCUAGGUUAGAGAGAAUCUUUAAAAUUUUAAAGCCAGGCUUAGACAAAGAGGUUUCGGAUAUUAAGAACAACUUCGUUGUUAAGAACCAUGCGCUACACAGGAAAACGGAACAGGGUUUGCGUUUGGUAGUUCCCAAAGAUGCUAGGUGGCAAAUCUGUAAGGCGAACCACGAUGAUGUGGGUCACUUCGGGUAUGCUAAAACGUUGGAACGCAUUCAGAACCGUUAUUGGUUCCCUAAACUAAGACGUUUUGUGAAGAAAUACGUUGCAGCUUGUAUCGACUGCGCGUAUAAUAAAGAUAAUGCAGCUCGAACCAGUACUGGCUUGUUACAUCCGAUAGAGAAGGUGGCACAACCGUUCCACACUUUACAUCUGGACCAUUUAGGGCCAUUUGUUAAGAGUAAAGCUGGCAAUUGCUACAUUCUAACUAUCGUGGACGGUUUUACAAAAUAUGUCUUCGCUAGACCAGUCAAAGAUACAAAGACAAAGAACGUAGUUAAAGUAUUAGAUAGUUUAUUUAAUGACUUUAUGAUACCUCGUAGGAUUAUUUCGGAUCGUGGGACUGCGUUUACUUCAGGCCAAUUUAAAGAGUUUUGUGUCAACAAGGGGAUCAAACAUGUACUUAACGCUGUCGCUUGUCCUAGGGCAAACGGACAAGCCGAAAGGGGGUUGUUGGGGCUGCCCUGGCGCUGCAGCGCGUCAGGAAUGUUCGCCGCGUGGAGAACCGAUGGUUUCCAAGCCGUGCUGCGCAAGCGGGUGGCGUCCCUGGGCGAGCGCGUGCGGGGCAGCGCCAACACUCUCCUGAAGGUGAUCGCCGAGAGGAUGGACAGCCCUAUCCUCGCUCACUGGAUGUCCUUGCAUGUUAAUUUACUACAUGAGUCCGGGAUCAUUGAUCACGACAUCCGAGCCCGAAUCAGCGCGGCUUGGUCUACAUGGCGGGAGGUCACAGGAGUCAUCUGCGACCGCAGAAUACCGCUUAGACUCAAAGGGCUAGUGUAUAAGUGCAUUAUCCGUCCAGUCCUACUUUAUGGCGCCGAGAGGUGGCCGGUUCUUGGAAGGCAUGUUCAGGAGCUUCGCGUUACAGAGAUGAAGAUGCUGCGAUGGAUGUGCGGCGUUACGCGCGCUGACCGCAUCCGUAACGAGUACAUCCGUGGCAGCCUCGCAGUCCGUGCCGUAGCAGAGAAACUCCAAGAAUGUCGCCUCCGGUGGUUCGGCCACGUUUGUCGCAGGCCAGCUGACUACGUAGGAAACAUAUGCCUUAACCUAGCCCUUGACGGCCCCCGACCCCGCGGCAGACCAAAAAAGCGAUGGCUCGAUGUCGUGAAAGCAGAUAUGAGCGUGAACGGGCUCACACGAGACGACGCCCAGGAUCGCGCAAAGUGGACAAGUAGGAAAGCGGAC